AUGGUUCGCUGUGGCUUGGAGCGUCCGGUGUGCCACAAUUGCAGUCGACUGUCGAAAGCGUGUAACUAUGCUCAACCCACAUCUUCGGCGAGCACGAGUACGCCGGGCACGGCUCAGGCGUCUCAGGCUACGCGAAUGCGCGAACUCGAGCUCAUGUACUUCUACGCGGUACACACAUACUCCGUCAUGAGCCAUGACCCGGUGCGUGUUCGGCUGUGGAGGGACGUGGUUCCCAAACACGCAUUUCAGCAUCCUUUCCUCCUACACGGGCUGUUGUCCAUCGCAGCGCAACACAGGCUUCACUUCGACAAGGACGCCAUGCAGUCGGCGGACCUCGUACAGACGGCGGAAAAGUACCAGCAAGAGGCGCUUGCGAGCUACAUUGGCCUACUGAACAACAUCACGGAGGCUAAUUGCCAUGCCUUGUUCGCGUUUUCGCAGAUCAUCGUCGCGAUCCAGCUCUCCCGUCUGAGUCUGGACACGUAUCCCGACACACGUCAUCCUCAUGGAGUCAUCACCUGCAUGAUCGAGAUCUUCGAGUUGCUCAAGGGCGCGCUGAUUAUCGCCAUCGAGGCGAUCGACUGGUUGCGGGCUGGCGAUCUGGAGCCAAUGCUGGGCCCGAAGCCUGAUACGCCGCCGCCGACGCCACUCCCUCAGGCGGGUUCUCCGUCCACGAGGGCCCUGGCGUCGCUCUCAGAGUACAUUGCGAGCGAGCCUGCUGACGGUCCCGAGGCGAGUGCCCGAAUCGCGACCCUGCUGUCUACGGUGCGCUUGAUCCAUUCAGGGUUCCUGGAAAGCACAGAGAGUCGAGCGACGUUCAACAACAUCACCGGCAUACCGGUGUUUUUCGACGUCAAUUACCUCAGGUUGCUCAAGAUGAGGGACGAGGCGGCGUUGGUGGUCUUGGCUUAUUACGGCAUCUUGUUGCAUCAGGUCAGAAGGGUGUGCUUCGUGCAUGGGACGGGAGUCAGGAUUGUCGCGGCUGUGGCGGCUUUGGUCGGCGAGGAAUGGGCCCCUUACAUGACACGGCCGCAGCUCGAACUCGACGUGGACGCUCGCUUUUAUUCGCUGCCUUCAUCGGUCAUGUCUUUGUCGAAUACACCCUCAUGA